UCCAAGGAAAGCCAGCUGCCAUGCUGGGAGCUGCCCAGUGGAGAAGCCCACAUGGCAAGGAACUGAGGGAGGCGUCCAGCCGGUAGCCAGCAAGGAACUGAAUCGCUGAGUCCCAUAACCCCUGAGCAACCACAUCCUGCUAGUAACCAUGUGAGUGACUUGGGGAGCAGUUCCUCCCCCAAGUUGAACCCAGAGACGACUACAGCAUUAUGAGAGACUCUGAACCAGAGGACUGGGCUAAGCUGCAGAUUCCAGACCCACGGACACGAGAGACUCCUAAGGGAACCUGUGAGAAGUCAGUGAAGAUUGCCAUUGACACAGGGUACCGGCACAUUGACGGGGCCUACAUCUAUCAGAAUGAGCAUGAAGUAGGGGAGGCCAUCAGGGAGAAGAUAGCAGAAGGAAAGGUGCGGAGGGAGGAUAUUUUCUACUGUGGAAAGCUGUGGGCUACAAGGCAUGACCCUGAGAUGGUCCGUCCAACCCUGGAGAAGACGCUUAACAUCCUCCAGCUAGAUUAUGUGGAUCUUUACAUCAUUGAAAUACCCAUGGCUUUAAAGCCUGGAGAUGAUAUCUAUCCUAAAGAUGAGAAUGGCAAAUGGUUAUAUCACAAGUCAAAUCUGUGUGCCACUUGGGAGGCUUUGGAAGCUUGCAAAGAUGCUGGCUUGGUGAAAUCCCUUGGAGUAUCCAAUUUUAACCGCAGGCAGCUGGAACUCAUCUUGAACAAACCAGGACUCAAACAUAAGCCAGUCAGCAACCAGGUUGAGUGCCAUCCGUAUUUUACCCAGCCCAAACUCUUGAAAUUUUGCCAACAACAUGACAUUGUCAUUAUCGCAUAUAGCCCCUUGGGGACCUCAAGGAAUCCAAGCUGGGUGAAUGUAUCAUCCCCACCUUUGUUAAAGGAUGAACUUCUAAACUCAUUGGGGAAAAAAUACAAGAAGACAGCAGCUCAAGUUGUUUUGCGUUUCAACAUCCAGAGAGGAGUGGUUGUUAUUCCUAAAAGCUUUAACCCUGAAAGGAUCAAAGAAAACUUUCAAAUCUUCGACUUUUCUCUCACUGAAGAAGAAAUGAAGGCCAUCGAGGCCUUGAAUAAAAAUGUCCGCUUCGUGGAGAUGCUCAUGUGGUGUGAUCAUCCCGAAUACCCAUUUCAUGAGGAAUACUGACUUCAGAGUGCCCUUGAAUGGAUUUUUCCCUCCCAUGCAUACCAGAACCUUAGAUGUAGAAAUGAAAAAGUUUUACUAUCCUUAA